CUCCAGCAUUACAGUCAAGUUGAUGACUACAAAUACUUCCGCUAGAUCAUUGUGGUCUUGUGGAAAUGAGGUGCAUAUCAAGUGUCCCCCAUUCCCCUUUUACAUUUAGCUGUCUUGCUCCUAAGUGAAGAUGCCCAUCGUUAGAGUCUUCGAUUUCCAGGUCUCUCUAUUGCAUCCACGAUAUCACUCUUCUCAUUUUCAUCCUCCAAAACAAUAUGCGUUUCUACUCGCCACUGUUCUUUCUCCCUUUGAUCGCACUCAUCGUCCAAGGCACUUCUUCCACCACAACGGUACCAGCGUCUGGAUCUGCCUUCGCUCUCUACCCGAACACCGUUAAGUCAGUGGUACCUUCAACUGCCACUGUUGGAACCUUCUUCCCAACACCGCUUUUUGAUGCGCCGACCACGACUACAUUAAGCUUUGGCACUCCCUCAUUAAUCGCGAACACGAAGGCGAAAACGAACGGCGGAGUAAGGAUCAAUAUGUUCGGUGGUGGAUUCGUUAUGACUGUGCUUGCUAUUGCUCUGGCUUUGAUUGACUUCUUGUUGUAG